UUGCCAGACAUGUCUCAACAGAUGUCAUUUAAAGAGCUGAUGAAGGUGUUAGGGCUGGGAGCUGUAGCUUUCGUUCUGGGGGUGGAGUGGCUAAACUGGCUGAAGCGGCGUCUGAGAGACUCUCACGGGCCCCUGAAAGAAGUUCUGUUCUUCCCUUCACCUCAAGUCUGCGUUGAGCACCUCUUCAUACACCAUAAACAUUUCCCCUGUGCAUGUCCCCUUCCCCAUGGGGUCGAGACAUCCUUCUCCAGGCUCCUCGUGCAUCUCCUCUCCGCUCGUAUGUCACUGGACCUGUGCGUGUUCUCCUUCUCUCACAUGGAGCUGAGCAGGGCGAUUCUCCUGCUGCACAAACGGGGAGUGGUUGUGCGAGUGGUUACGGACAGAGACUACAUGACCAUCACUGGAUCUCAGAUCGGUGCCCUCCGUAAGGCAGGCAUCUGUGUGAGGCAUGAGAUGAGCUCAGCUGUUCAUAUGCACCAUAAGUUUGCAUUGGUGGACGGCAGGAAAUUGAUCACUGGCUCCCUCAACUGGACCCUAACCGCAGUCCAGAGCAACAAAGAAAACGUCAUGGUUACGGAGGAGCCGGAGCUCGUGGGGCCCUAUCAGAAGGAGUUCCAGAAGCUGUGGGAGGCCAACGAUCCAGCCAAUCACAAACCUCAAUGCACUAACGGGCAGCUAAAUAUAAAGACUUAUGGCGUCGGCCAAUGAUACCCGUCAUCAGACGCAGGUGCAGAAGGAUGUAGCCGAUCAGAAUUUUGACUACAUGUUCAAGCUCCUCAUCAUUGGCAACAGCAGCGUUGGAAAAACUAGUUUUCUGUUCCGUUA